AUGUUCUGGUUCACAGCGCGAGUGUAUCUCUAUCCACGUGGGGCAGGCAGGUGUCCAGAUCGGCAAUGCCUGCUGGGAACUGUACUGCCUUGAACAUGGAAUUCAGCCCGAUGGUCAGAUGCCAAGUGAUAAAACCAUUGGUGGCGGGGACGACUCCUUCAACACGUUCUUCAGUGAGACUGGGGCUGGCAAGCACGUGCCCAGAGCAGUGUUUGUGGACCUGGAGCCCACUGUGGUUGAUGAAGUGUGCACAGGAACCUACAGGCAGCUCUCCCACCCAGAGCAGCUGAUCGCCGGGAAGGAAGAUGCGGCCAAUAAUUACGCCAGAGGCCAUUACACCAUCGGCAAGGAGAUUGUCGACCUGGUCCUGGACCGGAUCCGCAAACUGGCGGAUCUGUGCACGGGACUGCAGGGCUUCCUCAUCUUCCACAGCUUCGGGGGCGGCACUGGCUCUGGGUUUGCAUCUCUGCUCAUGGAGUGGCUCUCAGUGGAUUAUGGCAAGAAGUCCAAGCUAGAGUUUGCCAUUUACCCAGCCCCUCAGGUCUCCACGGCCGUGGUGGAACCCUACAACUCCAUCCUGACCACCCACACGACCCUGGAACAUUCUGACUGCGCCUUCAUGGUCGACAAUGAAGCCAUCUAUGACAUACGUCCGCGCAACCUGGACAUUGAGCGUCCCACGUACACCAACCUUAAUCGUCUGAUUGGGCAGAUUGUGUCCUCCAUCACGGCCUCUCUGCGAUUUGAUGGGGCCUUGAAUGUGGACUUGACGGAAUUCCAGACCAACCUAGUGCGGUAUCCCCGCAUCCACUUCCCCCUGGCCACCUACGCCCCAGUCAUCUCAGCCGAGAAGGCCUACCAUGAGCAGCUGUCCGUGGCCGAGAUCACCAGUGCCUGCUUUGAAGCAGCCAAUCAGAUGGUCAAGUGUGACCCUCGCCAUGGCAAGUACAUGGCAUACUGCAUGUUGUACAGGGGGGAUGUGGUCCCGAAAGAUGUCAACGCGGCCAUCACCACCGUCAAGACCAAGCGCACCAUCCAGUUUGUGGAUUGGUGCCCAACUGGAUUUAAG